AUGGCAGUUGAUGGUUUGGGAAACAUUCACCAGUUUCUCCCGGUACUGAAUGCAGAAGGCAUGCGCAUGGCCGUCAACUGGCUUGCAAAAGACAAAGAGCGCCUGCAAGCCAUGAUGACCCACCUGCAUGUGAAGUCUACGGAACCCAAAGCUGCCCCUCAGCCCCUGAAUCUGGUAUCAAGUGUCACCCUCUCCAAGUCUGCAUCAGAGGCUUCUCCACAGAGCUUACCUCACACCCCCACGACCCCAACUGCCCCGCUAACUCCUGUCACCCAAGGCCCCUCUGUCAUCACCACCACCAGUAUGCACACGGUGGGACCGAUCCGCAGGCGGUACUCGGACAAAUACAACGUCCCCAUUUCUUCAGAUAUUGCGCAGAACCAAGAAUUUUAUAAGAAUGCAGAAGUUAGACCACCAUUUACAUAUGCAUCUUUAAUUAGGCAGGCUAUUCUCGAAUCUCCAGAAAAGCAGCUAACACUAAAUGAAAUCUAUAACUGGUUCACACGGAUGUUUGCUUACUUCCGACGCAACGCGGCCACGUGGAAGAAUGCAGUGCGUCAUAAUCUUAGUCUUCACAAGUGUUUUGUGCGAGUAGAGAACGUUAAAGGGGCAGUAUGGACAGUGGAUGAAGUAGAGUUCCAAAAACGGAGGCCACAAAAGAUCAGUGGUAACCCUUCCCUUAUUAAAAACAUGCAGAGCAGCCACGCCUACUGCACACCUCUCAAUGCAGCCUUACAGGCUUCCAUGGCUGAGAAUAGCAUACCUCUGUACACUACCGCUUCCAUGGGAAAUCCCACUCUGGGCAACCUGGCCAGUGCCAUCCGGGAGGAGCUGAAUGGGGCCAUGGAGCACACCAACAGCAACGAGAGCGACAGCAGUCCGGGCAGAUCCCCUAUGCAAGCUGUGCAUCCCGUACACGUCAAAGAGGAACCCCUUGACCCCGAGGAAGCAGAAGGGCCUCUGUCCUUAGUGACAACAGCCAACCACAGUCCAGAUUUUGACCAUGACAGAGAUUAUGAAGAUGAACCAGUAAAUGAGGACAUGGAGUGAACCUCUGGGCGGGCCGACCCCCGAGACCGAAGAUUGGGAAAAAAAGCAAAACAAAACAAAUUUAAAAAAAAGAAAAGAAAAAAAAAAAAAACAGGUCAGAAGUUAGCAGUGAAGCCGUUCUCCGCUCGUUGUACGGUCUGGAGGGUUUUUCGCUACAUUUUGACAACUCUGAAAUGUGUUAACUCUUAGUGCCAUCAAGAAUCCCAUUUGGGAGUAUUUUUGAUUUUUCUACUUUUUGUUGACAAAAGGGAUUUGUACUCUGUGCAUUGGAUGGACCUGUUUGGUACUUGGGAUUUUCCUCUUUGAGUCAACAUCAGUGUUGUAAAUUCGGUAAACGGAUUCACUUUUCGCAGCAGACUUUGAACUGCAGUUUUGUCCUGCCAAGGCCGACACCCACCGAGGACACCCGACUGAGCUCGCGCACCUGCGCCGGCCGCAGACCAAGCCUUCGCCCGAAUUCCAGAUUCCAGUGGACGACCUAUUUGCACAGCACUGCAUGUUGAUAUCACUGCCUUCACUCACUUUGGUUUUCUUUUUUGUUUGUUUGUUUUUGUUUUUGCUUCCAGUUGGGAUGGGGAAGGCCUUUGUGUGUUUAUUGGGGGGAGGGGUUAAAAAUAAUUAUCCCAAACUUUUUAAUGUAUUGCUCUUUUUUUUUUUUUUCCUUUUCUUCUUCUGUACCAUUUUAAGUUCUGACCUCAGGCCUCCAUUUGGGCCCAUGGCCUCUUGGAGGCUUCACGUUUUCUGUACCUUGUGAUGAAUGUUAAUAGGUGUUUUUAUUAUACAAAGCUGAAUGUCA